AUGGCUUUCAAAACAAUAUCGGUGGACUUUUCUUCAACAUGGAGUGAACUGAAAGAUGUAUGUGACAAAGUUAUUCGAUGUGAGUCCAUAACUCGCGACCGAUGGAAUGCCAGUUUUGACGAUGUUUAUGCUCUAUGCGUUUCGCGCCCCGUCCAGUACGCCUCGAAAUUGUACGAAGAGAUUACUUUGCUCAUAAAAAAUCGAGUGAUUGAGAUUUAUGAAGAAAUUGCUGCCUGUGAUGAUGAGUCGUUGUUAAAAACUUACGUCCAGUUUUGGAUGUCCUUCCAUCGAGGACUAGGAUUUCUCGACCGCCUUUGUGGUUUUCUGAAUGCCCAAUAUGUUGGCCUGUCUCGACCAGUUGACACAUGCUAUGGAAUGAUUUUGACGGGGGACGAAAAAGUCAAUAUGGAAAUAAUGGAGCUCGGACUUUCACAAUGGAAAACUUACUUAAUUGAACCUCUACGAGAUCGUCUAACCUCGUGCUUGCUCAAGGAGGUCACUGGCCAUCGAUCUGGUUGUGAACACCAGCAACUGUGCAUUGUCCCAUGCUUGGAGUCAUUUAAGCACGUAGACGAAUUGAAAGGUUGUAUGAAGGUUAGUUACUCAUCAGAUUUGCCUCUUCUUCCGUAUAUUUGCUCUAUUUUACUAUAUUCUGGAUUCUAUGUAUUGCUGCUGCCCAUUCACGGUUCAAUUUGCUUAUCUUCUUGUACCCAGUUGAGCAGAUCAUUCAUUCGUAACCCGUAA